GGGACCCCCCACACUCUCAGGCUGCGUAAGGAAGGAGGUCCUCCUGAUUAGGGAGUUUCUUUAAUUCCUCACAGAAUAGGCAGGCAAAUCCCAGAUUAACCUGGCAGGGUAGGAAGAGGAUUAGAAAGGCAGUUCCAUUUGGCAGCUGGCAGAACACAACAGAGUGCAUCACGUUGGGACUGCGUUAUCUUGCAUGCUGAGGAAGGGGAAAGGGCUGCCGUAGCGUGGGUGCAGCCAGCACGGGAAGCAGGAGGCUGCUGGCAGCUCUGGGAGAUGAUAUGCCUGUAGUCUGGAAAGGGAGCUGCCUUGAGGAGAACACUGAGCUUGGGGAGGGCCUGAGUGCACACAUGGUGUGACCUGUCCUGGGGGCGGCCAUGGAGGAAACGUACCUGCUGAAUGUGGAAGGGGUCAGAAAGAAGAUCCUGCAUGGAGGCCGAGGGGAGCUGCCGAAGUUCCAGGAUGGAAGCAAGAUCACUUUCCACUUCCAGACACUGAAGGACAACUUUGAGCGGACGGUGAUCGAUGACAGCCGGGAGGCCGGCAUGCCCAUGGAGAUCAUCGUGGGCAAGAUGUUCAAGAUUGAGAUCUGGGAGACACUGCUGUGCUCCAUGAGGACGGGGGAGGUUGCGGAGUUCUGGUGCGAUGCCAUUCACACGGGGAUGUAUGCCCUGGUCUCCAAGGGCAUGCGGAGGAUCGCGGAGGGCCGGGACCCCCUGGAAGGGCAGAAGCACCGCUGCGGCAUGGGCAACAUGUUUGACUACCACAGCACGGGCUACGAUGACCUGGACGAGCUGCAACGGACACCUCAACCCCUCAUCUUCAUCAUGGAGCUGUUCCGGGUGGAGGAGCCCUCAGCCUACAAGCGUGACACCUGGGCCAUGAGCAAGGAGGAGAAGCUGGCGGCCGUGCCCGUGCUGCACAGCGAGGGGAACCGCCUGGUCCUCCAAAAGGACUUCCAGCGCGCAGCCGAGAAGUACCAGGAGGCUGUCAUCUGCCUGAGGAACCUCCAGGCCAAGGAGAAGCCGUGGGAGGAAGGCUGGCUGAAGCUGGAGAGCCUGGUCACACCGCUGGUGCUCAACUACUGCCAGUGCCAGCUGGAGCUGGGAGAGUACUACGAGGUGCUGGAGCACACCACGGAGCUGCUCCAGAAACACAACGACAAUGCCAAGGCCUAUUUCAAGCGGGCGAAGGCGCACGCGGCCGUGUGGAACGAACGAGAGGCACGGGAGGAUUUCCUACGUGUGGCCCACCUCGACCCCGCCAUGGCGGCCGCCGUCAAGAAGGAGCUGAAGCUGCUGGGGGAGAGGAUGAGGAAGAAGCACGUGGAGGAUCGGAAGCGUUAUCAGGGGCUCUUCCAGCAGCCCCGGGGGGGGAGGGCUGGCGUGGGUGGGGGGCGGCAGGAGGAGGUUGUGUCCCAUGGAGAGGAGCAGGGCACAGGAAUGGGAGAAGCAGGGGGUGGUGAAGGAGGAGGAAAAGCUGGGGAUGGAUGUGGAAAGGAAGCACGGGGAAGAGGAACAGCCCCAGGGGAGGCUGAAGUGGUGGGAAAUGGGGUGGGAGAGGGUGGGGGAGUAAAGCUGGGUGCCUGUAGGGCAGAGUUGGAGAGUUGUGGGGCAGAGAGGGAGCUGGAGGGAGGGGAGGAGGAGGAGGAGGCAGUAGAGGAGGAGGAAGGAAAAGUAAUGGUGGAGGAGGAGGAAAAAGAGAUGGUGGAGAAGGAGGAAGAAGUGGUGAAAGAGGCAGUAGACGAGGAAGAGAAGACAACGGAGGAGGAACAAGAAGGGAAGAAAGAGGCAGUGGAAGGGGAGGAGGAAAGGGAGAAGGAGACAGUGGAGGGGGAAGAAGAGGUGGGGGAGAAGGAGAAAAGGAAGGAGACAGUAGACGGGGAAGAAAAGGUGGGGAGGGUGGAGGAGGAGGAUGAAGUGGAAGAAAUGGAGGCAGUGGUGAAGGAACAAGAAGGGAAGAAAGAGACAGUGGAAGAGAAGGAGGAAAGGGAAGAGACAGUGGAGAGGGAAGAAGAGAAGGAGAAAUUAGAGGAGGAGGAGAACUCAGCAGCAGAGAUGGAAAAGCUGGCUGUAGGGCAACAUGAGGUAUCAGAGAAAGGAGAGCUCAUGCAGGGGCAGGAAGCUGAUGGGGCAGAGGGAGCUGAUGCAAGGAGCAUGGCUGGGGAGGAGUCAGGCAGAGCUGCAGAGCUGGCACCUGCUUAUCUGGACCAAAGGACAGCCCAGGGGGAGCUGGGGCAGGGCAGCUGUGGGGGACAGCGAGCACACAACUUCCCCAUCACCGACCUCACCAAUGGGGGAGAGCUCCAGGUCAGGCCCUCAGCUGCAGAUGAGGAUCUGGAUGGGGGAAUAGAAGUGCCCUCUUACCCCACACCAGCUAAGGAAAGGGAUGGUGCAACCUCGGGAGCGGAGGCACCCCUGGAACAGUGCGGAGAGAGCAGAGAGCUUGAGGCCGUUGCAACAGGGCACGGGCAGGCUUGAGUAGGGAUGGGUGCUGCUGAAUGGGGGACAGGUGCAAGGCUGCUCAUGGGAGGCACAAUAGGGGCAGAGGGGGGUGCAGUGCCCCCAGGAUCCCAUUUCCCACAGGCUGGGGACAUUGCAGUGACAUGGAAACAAUGCUGUUCUUUCACUGGGCUGGCAGCUCCCCAGUGCGACACUUCUGCUGCCUCCCCUGCCCCAAAUCACCACUCCUGCAGCCUCCAGCCAGGUCCUGCUGAGCUCUGUUGGCUGAGAAAUAAAGUCCUUUCCCUGGCA